AUGGACGGGGAACACACUACGGAUGGCGACGUUGGGGGUUUGCCGGCGGUGGAGUCGGGUGCAGUGGCGGAGGAUUCGCGGCUCAUGGAGGCCAGGGUCGACGACGAAGUUCGUGAACCGGGCUAUGGCGCUGAGGAGGAGUUAGGGCAGCAGGGUGAGGCGCACGGAAGCCACCGAAGCCACGGUGGGACUCAGGCGUCUUUGGAGCCUGCGGUUCCACCCUCUGGCGGGCAGCGACCUGUGCCUGUUGCUCUAAGCGAAGUACCAGAGGCUGGGCCCUUCAGCAUGCGAGAAGAGAGGUCAGGCUCAGUGGAGCGACGUUCGGAAGAAGUGAGCCAAGUGGCGAGAUCGCUGGCUUUUAUGACCAAUUUGGUUACCACUUUGGUUGGUCGUAUGGACAGGGUGGAGCAGAGCCAAUCCCGAGGCGGAUCUACGGGGACAGGGAAGAUACUCAUGGAAGGCACCUGCGGCAUACUCAUGGACGGCACCUGCGGCGUACUCAUGGAAGGCACCUGCGGCAUACUCAUGGACGGCACCUGCGGCAUAGUCAUGGAAGGCACCUGUGGCAUACUCAGGGAAGGCACCUGUGGCAUACUCAGGGAAGACACCGGCAACGGCUGA